ACAAAAAGACAACAGUUGAGAGGAGGCGCUAUUUUCUCUCUUGGUUUUUUUUUGGGACCCCGAGUAAGCGCUUAUCGCCACGAAUAACGGCCGAUAACGCAGAUAAAAAAUCGAGUCUUUCGCUUAUCGCUGGACCAUCCACUUCGGUUCCGAGAAUUCGAUUUUUUUUUAACUCUUACUAAUUAGUUAAAACAAAAAUCGAAAAAUAAAAACUCUCACGUCUUUCGGGGCAGGUUCCAACAAAUACCCCGGAAAUAUUUAAAAACGGCGAAAAAAAAAAGAAUAUGUAUACCGUUCAAAAAUAAGAACUCAAAAUUGAAAAACUCAGACGUACAUAAAUUCAACACAAGAGUUCCGUGAAAAUAUCAGUGCGUCGAACAUUUCAUACAAAUCUCCAAAAAUACAUACAUAGAGAAAUUGAAGGGACUGCUUUUUUUUCGUUAUAAACAGUUAUAGGCACUUGAAAAAUAACGAUACGCAUAUGUGUUCUGCAAUAUUUAAUUAUUUUUAUAUACAUAUUUUAAUAUUUACUUAGGAACAUUUUCGUUUGAAUUUUUUUAGUAUGCCAAUACGCAUCUCGUACUCUGGCUUGAAUUUUCACCAUGUCUUUGAGAGGCGCAUCUUCCCCAUGAAUAUACGGCUUGUUGAAUGGCUCACAAACGAGAGGAACAGAGAUAAAGAACUGAAGAAAAUUAGUACCUCUCUUCGACAAAACGGAUACCAAAGGCGCACCAUCAGCAAGGCAAUCAGUAAACAACAACAGCCGCAGCAGAGAGUGCAGGACGAGACCCAACGAAGAUCGAUCGCUGUCCUGCCAUACAUCAAGGGGGUCACUGACAAAAUCGGCCGAAUAUUACGGAAACACGACAUAUCAACGGCAUACAAACCUGACCAUACCAUCGGAGCAAUACUAAGAAACCCAAAACAAAAAAUUACUCUGGAAAACCAAGGAGCAUACAGUGUAGCAUGCGGAUCGUGCAGCUUGACGUAUGUGGGACAGACCAACAGAAGGAUUUCAGCCAGGCUCGAGGAACAUCGUUUAGCCAUAAGAAACAAACAACCAACAUCUGCUUUGUUUCAGCACCAACAUCAGACGGGCGAUAAAAUUGAUUUCGGCACUUGCAAACAAAUAGCUAAUAUUCCUGAUUUUAGGACUAGGAUUAUACGAGAGGCCAUCGAAAUAGAAAAGUCCGGACACCUCAAUACGAGAGACGACGCUCUGCAUUUAUCCAACACGUGGAGAACGAUAAUCAAACAGCAGAGCGAUGCGCAGCAGCCAACGGGGACAUCGCAACUACGAUCGGGCGAAAUUAACAACGCGACAAUUCAGGGGGCGGAGCCAGCUCCCCCCACGCACAAGCAGCACCGUUACCAUCUCCAGCGCAGAGUAUAAAUACCGCACGCACCGCCGAUAACCUCCCAGUGUUCGAAGUGUUUUCGGAGCGCGAGCAUUGAAGAUGCCAAGUGAGAUUUUGGCGAAACGUCUGCAGGAUUCCAGUCGGAGUUCAACGAGCGAACGGAUGAUA